AUGUCGCUCGGAGGCAUGGCGCUUUUUGCCAUAUUACUGACCAUGGUCUCACUUGGGCGAGCCAAGUCAAGCUCAGCUUGCGAGGCAGUCGGCAACUGCACGAUGGAUGUAUCACAUAUUUGGGGCCAAUACUCGCCCGUGUUUUCCGUCCCCUCUACCAUCGAUGUAUCAGUCCCAUCCGGGUGUAACGUGACUUUUGCUCAGAUCUUGUCACGGCACGGAGCACGAGCGCCUACUCGGAAGAAGUCUGAUCUUUAUAGAAAUAUGAUUCAACGCAUCCAGAGCAGUGUCAAGGACUACGGCAAAGGGUACGAAUUCCUGAAAGACUACGACUAUCACCUUGGCGCCGAUGAUCUCACUCCAUUUGGAGAGCAACAGAUGGUUGACUCUGGAGUUGUUUUUUUCCAGCGAUACCAGGACCUGGCCUCUGAAUUUGAUCCCUUUGUUCGAGCAUCGGGAUCUGAUCGGGUGGUUGUGUCGGCACAGAGAUUCGUCGAGGGAUACUAUGGAGCUCAGGAUCGCAGCACUUCAAGCCCAGUGAAGAGCAUCCUGGUGCUCCCCGAAGCCGAAGGGUUUAACAACACGCUGAACCACGGAUCAUGCCCUGCUUUUGAAGAGGGCCCUGCAUCCGAGAUCGUGGAUGCAUACCAGAAGGUUUGGCUUGGAGUUUUUGGGCCUGCCAUCAACAAGAGGCUCAAUAGCAAAUUGCCAGGUGCAAAUCUAACCUUGACUGAGACCAUCUAUAUGAUGGAUCUGUGCCCGUUCAACACAGUAGCAAACGUCAGCCUGGCGGCGUCCGACUUUUGCAGGCUCUUCUCCAUGGAUGAGUGGGCAAGCUACGACUAUUUCCAGGCAUUGGAUAAAUGGUAUGGCUAUGGCAAGGGCAAUCCUCUGGGGCCAUCCCAGGGAGUUGGAUUUGGCAACGAGUUGAUUUCCAGACUCACCGGUACGCCCGUGGACGACGACACUACGACGAACUCGACGCUCGACUCUUCGCCCGAGACUUUCCCUCUGAAUAGCAAGCUGUAUGCAGAUUUCUCACACGACAACACCAUGUCUUCCAUUUUCGCGGCCUUGGGGCUGUUCAACUCAACCAUGGAUCUGCCUCUCAAGUACAAGGUGUCGCCUCGCCACCUUCACGGAUUUUCUGCUUCCUGGGCAGUGCCAUUUGGCGCCCGCAUGUACUUGGAGAAGAUGCAGUGCAGCGAUGCAAGCGAGGAGCUAGUGCGGGUGGUUCUGAACGACCGAGUGGUUCCGCUGCGAACGUGCAAUUCCGAUAGAUUUGGACGGUGUAAGCUGAGCGGCUUUAUUGACAGCCUCAAAUUUGUGCGGAGCGGAGGGCUGUGGAACGAGUGCCCAUACAAUGGCUGA